ACCAAAAACGCCAUCAUCCAAACAGCCCCUUCUCUCUCUUUUAAAAGACACCCUGUGGUUUUUCUCUGCCCUCUUAACUUUUUGCCCUCUCUCUCUCUCCUCUUAUCGAUUUCACAGACAAUCUCCUCCUCACAGUUUCGUCUUCUCGAUCUCACUGGCAAUCAUGAGUGACAAAGGAGAAAGAACAUGUCCCCUCUGUGCUGAAGAAAUGGAUUUGACGGAUCAGCAGUUGAAGCCUUGCAAAUGUGGUUAUGAGAUCUGUGUCUGGUGCUGGCAUCAUAUUAUGGAUAUGGCUGAGAAGGAUGACACCGAGGGGCGAUGCCCAGCAUGUCGUUCUCCUUAUGAUAAGGAAAAGAUUGUUGGGAUGGCUGCAAACUGUGAGAGAUUGGUGAAUGAAGUUACUAUGGAGAAAAAGAUGAAGACUCAGAAGGCGAAGUCAAAAUCAUCUGAUGGGCGCAAGCAGCUCAGCAGUGUGCGAGUGAUUCAGAGGAACCUUGUUUACAUAGUUGGUUUACCUCUCAAUCUUGCAGACGAAGAUCUUCUUCAGCGGAGAGAGUAUUUUGGUCAGUAUGGGAAGGUCUUAAAAGUAUCAAUGUCUCGAACGGCUGCUGGUGUCAUCCAACAGUUUCCAAAUGAUACAUGCAGUGUAUAUAUAACUUAUUCAAAAGAAGAGGAAGCAAUUCGUUGUAUUCAAAAUGUACAUGGAUUUGUGUUGGAGGGUAGACCUUUAAGGGCUUGUUUUGGAACCACAAAAUAUUGUCAUGCAUGGCUUCGAAGUGUGCCUUGCAGCAAUCCGGAUUGUCUAUAUUUGCAUGAGAUUGGCUCUCAAGAAGAUAGCUUUACUAAAGAUGAAAUAAUUUCAGCUUACACCAGAAGUCGAGUUCAGCAGAUCACUGGUACAACUAACAAUAUGCAACGGCGGUCAGGGAAUGUAUUACCUCCUCCACUGGAUGACAAUAUGAAUUCUACUUCUGCAAAUCCUAUUGUGAAAAAUCCUUCAAGUAACUCUGUUAGCACUGUUAGAGGUUCACCUCCGAAUGGAAUUUAUGAGAGACAUGUUCCCCUCCCUGCUAGUGCUGCGUGGGGUACCCCGGCAACAAAUUGUCAGCCCCCAGCUGGAGGUCUAUCUUAUCCAAAUGGGCCAUCCAAGCCCAAACCUGAUACAGGCAGCAGCUCACUAGCAUUUUCUGCAGCUGUUACAGGCUCAAUUCAGGCUUCUGAUGUUCCAAAGAGACCACCAUCGAGUGAUGGGAGUCAUAGUAUGACAACUAGAGUGAAAAGUGAAUUGUUGAAACCUGUUAAACAAUACAACAAUAGUGUGGACAGUCUGGUUAGUUCAGGAGAAAAAUCUUUAUCCUCUGAUGCUCCUGUUCCUGUGAAUUUGAACAGCCAGUUGUCUUCUCUACCAUUGUCCCGAGAUAGUGAGGGCAAUUGUACUACAGCAAACACAAUAAAUUCUACUAACUUGACUGGACAGUCUUGUAAUUCCGGUCCUGAGGAAGCAAUGCCUGCUACCAAUGAAGAGAUUCCGAAGUUGUCCAUUGAGUUGUCCUCAAUUAACAUUGAUGGAAAUGCUGAACAUUGCAGUAUAACCAAACCUAAUAGCCCGCCUACCGAAUAUGUCUUGAUUAAAUCUCCCCAAAUUCAAGGAUCACAAUAUGAAGACAGAUUUAGGGAUGUAAUAACUACAAAUGUGGCUGGUAAAGCUAUGCCGGAUAACGAGGUUUGUAAUUCUAUGGAACAGGGUGAUUGGAAAUUGGAUUCUCAAUCUCAAGUAGCAUCAAAUGCCAUGGAAUUCGAUGAUGAUGUAACAUCUUUUGACAAUCAAAGACUCAAGGAUCCAGAAGUUGUUUGUCGUUCUUAUUUGCCCAAGUCAACUGGUUUCCUUCAUGUAUCAGACCUUUCCAGCCCUCGUCUUCUGCAGCAUGGUGAAAGUUGUACUGCCAUGAGUGCAGGUUCUGUAUCUGUUGAUGAAUCUAUAUUACAUGCAUCUAAUAUAUUAUGCAACGACCACUCUGAUAAAUUGGUCAGCAGCAGCUCCUAUAGUCUGCUUAAUGACGAAAGAAAUGGUCAUAGCAUUCAAAGAUUAGUUAGUGAAGCAGUAAAUUCUGGACAUGAUGUUACUAUGGAUAAGGGUGAAAGUAGUAUAAUUUCAAAUAUUUUGUCCAUGGACUUUGAUGCCUGGGAUGACUCACUAACAUCACCACAUAAUUUAGCUAAGUUGUUGGGUGACAAUACUGAGAACCAGUCUGGUCCUUUAAACAAAUCUAGUUCUUGGAAAGUUCACAGUAACAAUCAAUCAAGAUUUUCUUUUGCGAGGCAGGAGGAAUCCAAAAUCCAAAUGUUUGAUGCGAAUGCUUCUUAUGGUGUAAACCAUCAACGUCCAAAUAAUAAAGUUUUCCAGAAUUUUUCAGAAAGAGACUUGUAUAUGGAUAAGUUGGGCAUUGCGAAUGGAUUUCGUACAAGUAACUUUGAGGAAGCUGAAAAUAUUGGUAGUGGUCAUUUCAUUUCAUCUAAUAAGCUUUCAGCCAUCUCAAGAGCACAAGUUUCGGCCCCACCGGGAUUUUCCAUUCCAAGCAGGCCACCACCACCUGGUUUUUCUUCCAAUGAGAGAGUGGAUCAGGCUUUUGACUCCAUUUCUGGGAAUUCUAUGCUUGAUCAUUCUUCCCUCUUGAGAAAUUCAUAUCAGUCACCUUCAGCUGGAAACCUUGGUGGUGCUGGGGAUAUUGAAUACAUGGACCCUGCUAUUUUGGCAGUUGGCAAAGGGAGACUUCAAGGUGCACUGAACAGCCCCACACUGGACAUUCGAUCCAAUUUUAUGCCUCAACUAAAUUACUUUGAAAAUGAUGCCAGACUGCAAUUAUUGAUGCAAAGAUCUCUGUCACCACAGCAAAACCAUAGAUUUUCUGAAAUUGGGAAUACUUUUUCUCAACUUGGUGAUUCUUUUGCUGUUUCUUCAAGGUUAGAUCAAUCACAAGUCAGUAAUCUGAGCCCAUUCCAACAGCUGUCUAUGCAGCAGUCUGCAAAUGCAGUCUUGUCAAAUGGGCAAUGGGAUGGGUGGAAUGAGGUGCAGACUGGAAAUGGUUUGGGUGUGGCCGAGCUUUUGAGAAAUGAAAGACUUGGGUUUAAUAAAUUUUACUCAGGAUACGAUGAUUCAAAAUUUCGGAUGCCAAAUUCCGGGGAUCUUUACAACAGAACAUUUGGGAUGUGACCUUUUGCUAGUUGUGUCAUUGUUAUUGUUGGAAAUGGUAAAACCUAGCAGAAAUGGACAAACAAUUUUUUGUGUUGCUGAGGAUCAUGGAAGUUAUUCUUGCUGGCGGGUAUUGUGCUACCUAAUGAUGAAGCUCCCCAAAGUAUAAUUAUGGCUACAGUUGUUCUGGAUUGGCUGAAGUGAGCUUGUUUUGGGAUUUUAAGAUAUCAACUGUCAGUGCUAACGUGAUCAAACUGGCAGGUAGAUCAUAGUUGAUCAUAGUUGAGUGUUCCUUCAUAUUACUGAGCAUGGAAACUUGAUUCAAAAUCAAGUAGAUCAGUCUUAUCUAUUGCUUGUAACUUACCAUUUAGUUUUAUCUACCCUUGUUGGUAGUGGUUGGAUGCGACUAGUGAAAGCAAAUUUUGUUUUUAGAAGUUUACAUGCUAGAGUUUGUCUACUGCUGGGUAUGAGAUAGAUCAUUUUCUAACUGGAAAGAUCCAUGUGAUGUGAAUGAUAUACUGUUGCGCUCUGUUAUAGCUUAUAGCCAUAUUUUUCCUUUUA